AAAACAUAACCUGUUAAAACCCCGCCAUACAAACCCCAUCUCCGCCCAAACAGGGAACCCCCCUCCCAGUAGCCAGAGGGGGGUCCCUCCAAGAAGCACGGGCCGGGAACCAGGAAAACGCGGGGGGAAAAGCCAGGCCCGCCCCAACAACCCCAGCAGUCCAGCCCCUACAGCUCCCCCGAUCCAUAGGAAUGCCCAUAGAGGGGGAGGGAGCUGGGAACAGGAGCAGGGCUCGGACGAAGGAGAAUGGGGGAUGGAGGCAGAAUCCACCCCAAACCAAUCUAGGGCCAGGCACCCAGGACCUUUCCCAAGGGGGGGAGGGAACUCCAGGCCCAGGGGAACAGGUGGUCACUCGUAUUUUCAAACCUCAAGACACUGGAGCCAGCCACAGUGGUCUGGGGAGUAUGACCAAUGGGAAGAUGAUGACUCUUGCUAUUUUAUCGAGGAAUACAAUUACGAGGAUGAUUGUGAGUUUUUUCCUGCAAGCAGCCACGGGCAUCGGCAAAGGAGGCCAGUAAAGGGAAUGUGGCAGGAAGACAUUGGUUACGGAAAUAACCGGGUGCCAAGUUUUUAUUUUAGAAACCGAGAGGAGGAGGAGAGUUGGAUCCAAUGGAGAAAGGAGAGAGAGCAGAAGGGAAAGGAGGAAGCAGGACCUUCAAGACGGCAGGAAGGAAGGGAGAGGGCUUCAUCCAGUACAGAAGGGCAGUCUUCACAGAACGGCGACAGGACCAAGGUGCCUACACGGAAGACUACUAUGGCUCGUGACCCCCUCUUAGAAGAAUUGUGUGAAAGGGCAGUAUCCGAAAAGACUCUUUCAGCUACAAAAGGGCCUGGAAGAGAUGGCAGAUAUUCUGCAGAAGCGGUAAGAGCAAUCAAGGCACUAAGGAUUUGGUGUCAUUUUUAAUGGUCCUGUACAGAGAAGGAAAGUCAAGAGCAGGAGCCAGCAACGCAUUAGCCGCAAUUUCUCAUUUUUCCAUAGUAAAGGGUAGAGCAGAUAUCACACAUGAUCCAUUAGUUAGGAAAAUAAUGAAGGGAUGGGCAAGAGUUGAAGGCCCCAGGGUCGAUAAGCGAGAACCCAUAAUUGAAUGCAGACUAAAAAUGAUUCUGAACUCUCUUGAGGAGGUGUGUUCAGACCAAUUUGAAUGUAUUUUGUUUAGAGCAGCCUUCGCUCUGGCUUUCGGAGGAGCAUUUAGGAUAAGCGAAUUGGUCCCCCCAUCCAAGAAGGUAACAGAUAAAGGUUUAAUGUAUAGCCAGGUUUUGUUACAGGACAGGAAGUUGUUAGUUUACAUCAGUAGAUCAAAAACAGAUCAGUUGGGUAAGGGCAGAUGGUUCGGUAUAGAAAAAACUUCGAGAAUAACAUGCCCGGUCAAGGCCUUGCAGGAUUACAUAGGGAUGCGCCCAGCAGGGGGGCACCUUUUGUUAAUUCACAGGGACUUAUCCCCCAUGUCAGCAUUUCAAUUUAGGCAAGUGCUCAAAAAGGCAGUCAUUGCGAAUGGAUGGGAUCCUAAAAAAUUUGGAUCACAUUCAUUCAGGAUCGGGGCAGCAACAGAAGCAGCAAUGAGGGGAGAAACAGAGGAUAGGAUAAAAGGGAUUGGGAGGUGGAAAUCAAAAGCAUACA